AAACCAAACAUGUGUCAAUACGCGGCGGCCAGUAUUGGUGCUGAUCUCGUAUAAAUCUCAGCUUUCUUCUUAACUAAAAUCAAGAAAUCACACCGCUAUCUCUUUCGAUUCUUUCAUUUCAUAUCUCAUUAAAUUAUUCUCAAUCACAAUUCAACUUUUUUUCUUUCCUUUUUUUCUCAUUAGUAUUUAUAACCUUCAGAUUAAUGGCUCAUAAUAAUAACUCAGAUCUUUCAAUGAUUCUUCCCAGGGUUCUUAUCGUCUCCCGGAGAACCCUUCGCAAGAACAAGUUUGUUGAUUUUGUCGGGGAAUUUCACUUAGAUCUUAUAGUCAGCUAUGGAGCAGUGCCAGUGAUAGUUCCUAGAGUAAGUGGAGUUCACAUGCUACUCGAAAGCUUCGAGCCUAUCCACGGAGUUCUCUUAUGUGAAGGUGAAGAUAUAGAUCCGUCGCUUUAUGAUGCAGAACUUUCAGGUAUUUCGCAGGAAGAACUCGACGAAAUCAAGAAAGUACACGCAAGCGAUACUGCCAUCGACAGAGAAAAGGACACAAUUGAACUGAGACUUGCGAAAUUAUGCCUUGAACGAAAUAUACCGUACUUAGGAAUCUGCAGAGGGUCGCAAGUCCUAAAUGUAGCCUGCGGCGGUAUAUUGUACCAAGAUGUAGAGAAAGAACUUUCCAAGAAAAUACCUGAAGAUCACGAAGGAGUUACUCAUAUUAACUAUGACGAUUAUGAUGGGCACCGACACGGGGUGAAGGUUGUGGAGAACACGCCUUUGCAUCACUGGUUUAAAGAUUCAUUGGAAGAAAGUAAAAUGGAAAUCAUGGUUAAUAGCUAUCAUCAUCAGGGUGUUAAGAGAUUGGCUCAAAGAUUUGUGCCGAUGGCUUUUGCUCCUGAUGGUUUGAUUGAAGGGUUUUAUGAUCCCGACGCGUAUAAUCCUGAAGAGGGGAAGUUUAUCAUGGGUCUCCAGUUUCAUCCGGAGAGGAUGCGACACCAUGAUUCAGAUGAAUUUGAUUACCCGGGUUGCCCGGCUGCAUACAAAGAAUUUGUGAAAGCUGUAAUUGCAUAUGAGAAACGGCUUAGUAGCUCAACUAGCAAGCCGAAAGCUCCGAAACUCAAUCAGGAACUGGAGAUGAAGAGAAAGACGAUUGUCAAAAGUUUUUCAGUUGCAAGAAACAUGUACAACUCUGGAAGAGGAAGCCCUUUGGGUCAAGAACCUGAACUUCGAAUUGGAGCAGAAUUUCUCGAGGCAAAUACGGCAUUAAGCUUGCAGCAAGAGAACAGGCUAAAGCAGAUGGGCGCAACGGUGAGAAAUGCUUCAGUAUACAAGGAAAAGUUAAAGAUGAAUGAAGAGAGGGAGAGAGCUGCAAGGUUUAUAAUGGGGAAAAUGUCAAUUGGACAGUUAUCUGAUCUCAUUUCUUUCUAUCAAAUGAUGCAAAGUAUAUGUUCCGAAGCUUUGGAGAGUAAGAUUCAAGACUGCCGAGUAGACGAAGAAGAGCUCUGAGUAGAAGAAGCUCUGAGUUCUACUCGGCUGUACCAUGAUCUGUAAGUGUGAAAUAGAAAAUAUAAACUCGUUAUGUUUCCGGUGAGCAGCCGUUUUUCUUUAUUUUAUCAAUAAGAAGUUGUCACUUGUCAACUAAUGAAAAGAAAAUUAACAGUUAUGAUGAAAAUUGCCCA